AUGAAUAACCUUCCGUUCAAGUAUUCGGAGAUGGAGGAUCUCCCUGAUCGACGCGUACAAAGAACACAGCCAUUGGAGCACGUUGGCAUUGACUAUUUUGGUCCCCUCACGGUAAAAGAGCGUGAUGAAACCGUCAAAGCCUAUGGUAUUAUCAUGACGUGUACAGUGACAAGGCUUCUCCGCUUGGAACUCGUGUCAGAUAUGACUACUGCUAACCUGCUAAACGCUCUACGACGGUUCUUUGCUAAGAGAGGUGUUCCAACCUCGAUCACUUUGGACAACGGGCCCUAUUUUCUUCUAGGAGAGCAGAUUCUCCAGGAUGCUGUGCUGCCGUUCAUCAACGACAAACCCUUUGCCAACGUCAUGGCUACAAAGGGAAUUACGUGGAAGACAAUCGCGCCGUAUGCUCCGUGGCAGGGAGCUUUCUAUGAGCGUUUGAUCAAAUCUGUCAAACAUUCCCUUUACUUGCCCAUGUUCGACUGUCUUUGA